AUGCCGUCCACCAAGAUCGCGAAUGGCGAUAGCCAUUUCCCGCAGCGCCUGAAGAAUUUCUUCCGCAUCAACUCGGGCAACCGCGAUCGCGAAGCCGCUCACGGCCAUAGCUCACUGCGGUCCGAGAACAAGACGGCAUUCCGCCAGACGAGGUUCUUCAACGUCGGUCGUCUACGCAGCGCUACUACCGCGAGCGAGGGCAAUCCGCUUGAUGAAUCAUUGAGUCCGACUGCCCACGCCAACCCCUAUUUUGCCCACCAGGGCCAGCCCGGUUUACGGCAUCACAACGAAGGCUCCGUGCCUCCGAGCCCCCCCGACACCCCAAGUCUCAAGGUCCUCGGUCCCAAUGGCGGCCCGCCCGAGAAGCCGACGAGCAGUACAAAGGAGGAGCUUGCGAGGAAAUUGAGGAGAGUCGCCAGUGCCCCCAAUGCCCAGGGCCUGUUUUCCAAGAGCAACGGUGAUGGGGAGCGACCCGCCACGGCCGAGCUGAGCAAAGAGCCCUUGGCCGAGAGUAAGGAUUCGAACUCGGUCGGCUUUGCCGAGUCCAAAACAGCGUCCGACAGCGGUCUCACAGUCCCAGAAUCCGACGGCCUCGGGGCCCUACCGCCACCUAACCAAUCGCCGCUUGCGUUCCGCAGGACGUAUAGCUCCAACUCCAUUAAGGUCCGGAAUGUAGAGGUAGGCCCACAGAGCUUUGACAAGAUCAAGUUGAUCGGCAAGGGAGAUGUGGGCAAGGUCUACCUUGUGAGGGAAAAGAAGAGCGGCAGGCUGUACGCCAUGAAGGUGCUAAGUAAGAAGGAGAUGAUCAAGCGCAACAAGAUUAAGAGGGCGCUCGCCGAGCAGGAAAUCCUGGCUACGAGCAACCACCCUUUUAUCGUGACUCUCUACCACUCCUUCCAGUCCGAAGACUACCUCUAUCUCUGCAUGGAAUAUUGCAGCGGAGGCGAGUUUUUCAGGGCGCUACAGACGCGGCCAGGGAAGUGCAUAUCCGAGGACGAUGCCCGCUUCUAUGCGGCCGAGGUCACGGCGGCGCUGGAGUAUCUACAUCUCAUGGGGUUCAUCUACCGGGAUCUGAAGCCAGAGAACAUUUUACUUCAUCAAUCAGGGCACAUUAUGCUGUCCGACUUUGAUCUUUCCAAACAGUCAGACCCGGGCGGCAAGCCCACAAUGAUCAUUGGCAAGAACGGCACCAGCGCGAAUUCCCUGCCGACGAUCGACACCAAAUCGUGCAUCGCCAACUUCCGGACCAACUCUUUUGUCGGGACAGAAGAGUACAUCGCGCCAGAGGUGAUAAAGGGGAGCGGGCAUACGAGUGCCGUUGACUGGUGGACGCUCGGGAUCCUGAUCUACGAGAUGUUGUACGGCACGACGCCGUUCAAGGGCAAAAAUCGUAAUGCGACGUUUGCCAAUAUUCUGCGCGAAGAUAUUCCCUUCCCCGAUCAUGCGGGUGCGCCUCAAAUAUCAAACCUCUGCAAGUCCUUAAUUCGCAAGCUUCUAAUCAAAGACGAGAACCGGAGGCUAGGUGCCCGCGCGGGCGCCUCGGACAUCAAGUCGCACCCCUUCUUCAGGACCACGCAGUGGGCGCUGAUCAGGCACAUGAAGCCGCCCAUCAUACCCAACCAGGGGCGCGGCAUCGACACGAUCAACUUCCGCAACGUCAAGGAGAGCGAGAGCGUCGAUAUCAGCGGCUCCAGGCCCAUGUCCAACGUCAAGGGCGUGCCACUCGACAGCGGGCUCGCCACGCCCGGCGCCGAGACGCCCGACCCGUUUGAAGAAUUCAAUAGCGUGACGCUGCACCACGACGGCGAGGAAGACUACGGCAAGAACGGGUACGAGUCGUAG